AUGAGGCGAGGCUCUUUGGCAAGCCCGGGGAAGCUUGCAAAGGUCCCCAAGGCGGUCAAAAUUGGGCGCGAGAUCCUGGGCGAGAAGGAAGAGGAGAGCAGCAGCAGCAGCGCUACCACCAGUGAUAUACCACCAGCAGCACUGGUACCUCUCUCUAUCUCUAUCUUUAUCUUUGCCUCUAUCUACUGGCGACUGGCAACUGGCCGUCUUCUCCACAUUUCCUUAUGGCAGCAACCGUCUGCACGAAAUAGAGGAAGCCGCUCGCCAAUCAAUGCUCCCCUCCCCUCCUUCCAGCCCACCCACCUUCCCGAAAAUUAUAGUAAUAUUUCCAAUGUCACCUCGACAGCACAUCCACAACUUCAUCUUCGCACUUUAGGGCCACCACCAGGUACAUGCGCACCCAUCGGGAUCAUUGCCGCAGAGCUUGCCGUCGUCAAUGUUCCUCCUGAAGAAGCUAUCGAGAUGGAAACCAUAGUAAUACCAUCGCCCUCAGCAUUCCUCUCUUCACCCGUGAUCAAACCCGCCCCUGAACCUCCUCCUCCUCCUCCCAAACCCAAGCCAAAAAAGUCAUUAAAUCCGUCGGCCAGAACACAAAAGCCCAAGGCGGGGGUAGUGAAGCCUAAACAAUCCAAGAGUCGUAAUGGGUGUAUUACCUGUAAGGCAAAGCGACUGAAAUGCGACGAGACCAAGCCGUCGUGCCAGCAAUGUCACAAGAGGAGCGUUACAUGUGGAGGAUUUAAGAAGGAUUUCAAAUGGAGGCCUUUUGAGGAGACCACUUUCACAAACAAAACGGUGCCGUCGAAGUCGAAGAGAAACGUUAUUGAUUUGAAUAAACCACCAAAUCUUGCGCCAACAGUCAUCUCACCCCCAACCCCUAAAUCGGAUGCGUCUUCAACACCCGACGGCAAGGUAGAAGUAGAUAAUACGUCGAUAGAUUCCUUCGUCGAUGCCGCAGUGCCGACUACUCCAGAUUUUCCAUCGCUACCACAGCCUGAGCUCGAUCCUACGUCUUUAUCUGAUGUGCCAGCAUCCCCAAAUUUGCGAGGGUCGCCUGGGCCACCGGUUGAGGACGAGUCGUUCGCGGCCAGCCUGAGCCACUUAUUGCAAGACACGGAUAUGGAUUUUUCAGACUCUGUACCUAGGCCACUUUUCUAUGGCCAGUUUACAAAAUUGAUUGAUCUUGUGCUGCCGGGAUCCGAACUCAACGGAAGACCUAGGAUGCUAUCCAUUUCCCCGGCCUGCAUGCCAACACCAGCAAUGACUAUGUCCCCAGUGGACAAUCAACCCCUACCGGGAAUCGAAGAUAUGCAUGGUUCAGCACUGGAUGAAGGUAUCGAGGAUAUUGUUAGAGAGCAGCAAAUUUCGAUUUCUGAAAUGUGGACGCCAUUGUGGGCUCCUACUCCUUACCCAUUCUCUCCAGCAACACUAACCCCAUCGCCAUCACCAGUCAUGGCGCUCCAUGAGCCUCUUUUCAAAUUGUAUAUGCAACCGGAAAUUCAAGCUGGAAGUUCAGAAAUUCUGAUGCUUCGAUUCGAUAAGCAGACAUGUGGCAUUUUGUCGGUCAAAGACGGCCCGACAGAGAAUCCAUGGCGUACAUUAAUCUGGCCUCUGGCAAGAGAAUCUCCUGCCCUUUACCAUGCAAUUGCUUCGAUGACGGCAUUUCAUACUUCGAAGCAAAUGCCGGCUUUACGAGUCGAUGGGAUGGAACACAUGAGGAAGAGUAUUGUUGCUCUCGCAAGUGGGAUUGAAGAGAUGCGGACUGAUACCGCUCUGGCAACAACUCUAGUCCUUGCAUUCUCCGAAUCGUGGGACCAGCACAUCAGUACUGGAAUUGAGCAUUUGAGAGGCGCGAGGAUUCUAGUCAAUCGAGCACUGGUUUGUCUACGAGAGAACAAUCUUUCAGGGGACGACUUGGCGCGCCUGAGAUUUCUUUGUAAUACAUGGAUUUACAUGGAUGUCAUUGCACGUCUUACUUCGGUGGAUAACGAUGACAGCAAUGGCUUCGAUCAAGCGACUCAGCUCAACCUACCAGCUUUUCCAAACACCAACGAGAUCGAUCCGCUAAUGGGAUGUGCAUCAACGCUAUUCCCCUUCAUUGGUCGCGUGGCAAAUCUUUGUCGGAAAGUCAGAAAGGUGGAAUCAAACUCCAUUCAGAUAGUCAGCCAGGCAAUUGAACUGAAGGAAAGUAUCGAGCAAUGGCGCCCACCUCCAAGUACUACUUUCGAGCGCCCUGAAGAUCCCACCAGCGAAAUCCAGCAUGCUUUACAAACCGCCGAAGCAUAUCGAUAUGCCACCCUGCUCUAUCUACAUCAAGCCGUACCCGAGAUUCCAUCAUUGACAUCGGCACAGUUGGCAAAGAAAGUUCUUGUGUAUCUCGCAACAGUGCCUCUAAGCAGCCGGCUGGUCAUUGUCCAGAUAUAUCCAUUACUGGCAGCAGGCUGUGAAGUGUACGACGCGGAAGACCGUCAGUGGGUAGAAGAUCGCUGGCGGAAUAUGGCUGCCCGAAUGUGGAUUGGAAACAUUGACCGUUGUUGGGAGGUUAUGCAGGAAGUUUGGGCACGAAGAGAUGCCGCAGCAGCAGCUUAUGUGGAAAAAGAGAACCGACACCGAUCGUCAGGAGCCAGUAAUAUUAUGCGACUAGAAGCUAGCAAGAGGAUGCUUGAGGAUGACUUGGAGUUGUGUGGUGAUUCGUUUUCAUGUUCAGAUAUGCUGGAUCCGACCAUGCUGAGUAGGAACGAGUCCGAGAGACAUAAGUCUACUUUGAACAGGAACUUUUCAGGUACAUGGAGACGAAGGUUAGAACCGGUCACGGAAGAAAUGGAUAUAGAGGUCACGGUCAGAGGGAGGAUGCACUGGGUAGGCGUUAUGAAAGAUUGGAAAUGGGAAGUACUCCUUGGAUAA